CAAUGGCUACUCGUUCAUUAGUUCCAACUUUUAUAACUAAAACAUUUGAAAUGCUAGAAGUAAAUUUUAUAUAAAGGUUUAGGAUCAAUCAAUAUCUCAUAUAGUUUCUUGGACUGAGGAAGGAUUAAGUUUUGUAGUAAAAAGCCAAAAAUUAUUAUAAUAAUAAGUGUUGCCAUAAUAUUUUAAACAUAGAAAUUAUUCCAGUUUUCUUAGGUAAAUUUAAAGAAGGAUUAGUUAGACAAUUGAAUUUAUAUAAUUUUAAAAAGAGUAAACAUUAGGAUGGCUAAGAAUUUAAACACAAAUGUUUUAGAAAAGGAGUAAAGUAAUAAUUUUAAACAUCCUUUUAAUAGAUAGAUGUUACAAUUUAUAAAGCGAAGAAACAAUGAUGAUGGGAAUUAGGAAUCUGUAAAUCCUAAUCAACCAUGUAUUUUAUAAUAUAAUUUGUUUAGCUGCUAAAUUGAAGGAAGAGUAAAAUAUCUUAAGGGUGUGUGCAUCUGAUAUUAAAGAUACAAAUACAAGAUUAGAUGAAGAUAUGCAAAUAUUAAAAUAAAAGAGUGGUGUGCUUUUGGAAGAAAUGUGGAAUCUCAAAAAGGUUGAAACUCAUUAUAUUGUAGUUAUUACAUAGUCAGUUUGAUUAAGUGAAUCAUAAAUUGGAGAGGAUAGAUAUUAUCAUAGGAGCUAUGUCUUAACAUAAAAAGUUUAAAAGUAAUUUAUAUUAAUAACACAAGAUAUCUCCUAAUAUUUCACAACUAAAUUCUUAUAGAAUGAACUUCAUACUCUAGAAACAAAUCUAAAUUAACCAUUAUUUGAAUCACCAAAAUAAGAAGUUGAUGAUUAGGAAUAAAUUAAAGCCUUAUUCGAAGAAUUAUAAAAUCUAAGCAAGCCAAUUCAUUUUGAUUGA